AUGGGUAAAAAAAAUCUGAAAGAGAACCCUCCUAGCCCCACUUCCCCUUCUGUUAAAAGAAAAACCAUUGCUGGACCUUCAAAGAACACUCGAGGAAAAAGACCUCGAACUGUUGUUGAAAAUUCAGACUCAGAUUUUGAGUUGGAUUCUGAAUUUCUUAAGUCGCCUGUUUCUGUUAAGGGCAAGGGUAAAUCCCCUGUGAAGGUGUUGCCAUCAUCAGGUGUUUCUGAAGAAAUUCCUGUUAAUAGGAUUGUUGAGGAUUGGGAAUGCAAGUACACUCGAUCUCAAUUUUAUCAUUCUAGAGUAGUAACAUCUGGUUAUUACUCUGUACUUGUACAUAAUUCAUUACCAAUUCUUUGCAUUGUUUCUUUGUUGAGGGAGGUUCAGCAGCCUAAUGGGUUGGAGUUUUGGGUUUGUGUCCAAGGGAAAUACCUUAGGUUUAGUAUCGAAGAGUUUGCGUUGGUCACGGGGUUAGAUUGUCAUGUUGAUUCUGAUUUUUAUCAGUUUAAGCAAGAUGAUAAUGAAUUGGUCAAAUCUUGUUUUAAGGGGUACAAAAAAAUUACCAAGGGUGCUAUUCAGACUGCUUUUAUUGCUGACAAUCUUAAGGAUAACGACGAUCUUGCAGUCAAGUUGGUUGUAUUGUAUUUUGUGCAGUGUUAUUUGUUAGGUGGUCCCCCGGGUAAAGUUGUUUCGUCUGAGGAAAUAGAUGUUGUGGAUAGUGGUCGAUAUAAUGAAUUUGGGUGGGGCAAGCAUUGUUUUGAUAUCACUAUGCAUUCUUUGAAGGGUAAGAUAGAUUCUGGUUAUAAGAGGGUAGUUCGUAGUGACGAGGAUGGUGGGUAUUACAGGUUAUUGGGUUUUCCUUUGGCUAUUCAAUUCUGGUUUUUCGAGUGUUGCCCGUAUGUUAUUGGGAAACUAUCCUUGUACUCAAAUGUUGGCAUUCCAAGGAUUUUGAAUUGGCCUAAAUUACCCAAGGACAAGGAGGGUAUGGUGAAAAUGGAUGUCAUGAACACCCUCAUUUUCGAUCGGUCUUUGAAAGAGUUAAAAUUAAGAAACCUCACUCCAACUUCCGUUGAGAGAUUGAGUUUGAGCCUCACUGAUUUUUUCUCUGGUGAGACUACUCCCGAGGCUGUGAAAUUCAAAAUUAAAGGUGGUUCCAAGCCUGCUGGUCAACCUGGCUUGAUGGGUUCUUCUUCAUCAACUGCUCAUGAGAAUGUCUCCCGAGUUGAGUUUGAGGAAUUUAAAAAGUGUUUAUCUGUUGUUGUCAGCCAGCAAGGGAUUCUUAUGAAAUCUGUUGCUGAGAUGAACAAGAAGCUGGACAUUCUUAUUGAGUCAUCCCAAGGUGGUCCCACUCACAAUGGAUCUCAGUCUGAAGAUGCUCUUCGUACUUCAGAAAAUGAGGAUGAUGAAGAUUCCACUUCGGAGGAAGACGAGGAUGAUAAAUUCGACGAUGACAAAGGAGAUGAUCAUCAUGACGAUGAAACUGAUGAUGAUGAUGAUGAUCUGGGUGGAGAUGGUGUUGGUGCUGGUCAGGAUGAGGCUCACACGGGCGAUGUUCGUAACGAUGAGGGUGUUGUUGUCCCCGCGGUUGUUUCGAGGGAUGAUGAUACCGGCAAGGUCGAUGAUGCCAAGAAUUCUGACCCUGUGGAACCUAUUGCAGAGAUCAAACAGCCUGAUCAGUCUCAAGGUGGGGAGGAGAACAUUGAUGUUGAUGCAACAAUUGCAUCUGCUGUUAAAGCUGUGGAGAAUUUGAUUGGUUCCUCAACUCAUGCCCCUGCUCCUGUUGAGACUUCUGAGAAGACUGAUCUUGAAAUGGUUGUUUUUCAAGAGACUCCUAUUUUACGUCCUCAAAAGAGGGAUCGGAAGAAAGGAGAGUUUACAUUUUGA